AUGAGGCCACAUCAGAAGCAGCAGCCAGGGCUCUCCAUUGACCAAGUGGCUCAGGCCAAGGGGCAGAUGAGGCUGCGUGAGUGUGGAGAUGAACAUAGCUGGGUUCUGUAUACCUUUAUGUUCUCUUCUACCACAGCUGCCCUUCAGAAUACUAAUCUGAGGAAGGCAAUGAGCCACAGUGUGAUGGAGCCUCCACUUUCCUGUAUAUCUGGAUGCUUUGUGACCUUUCUCCUCCUACAGAUGGUGCUCACCUCUGAGCAGUUCACUGUGCAUACUUCCAGGAGCCUCCAGGUGGUCCUGGUAGGCGGGCACACUGAGAUCAGCUGCCAGCUUUCCCCACCAGAGAGUGCGGAACACAUGCAGGUGGGCUGGUAUUGGGAUCACUACCAGCCAAUUUCCGUUUACAAGAAGGAGAAAAAACUCUCUGGAAAAAGCACUCAGAACUAUACAAAUCACACAGUGCUCCUGAAGGAUGCCCUGGGAGAGGGCAAAAUGACCCUCAGGAUCUAUAAUGUCAGUAUUACUGAUGAGGGGAAGUACCACUGUUUCUUUAAAGAUGGUGACAUCUCUGAAGAGGCCGUCGUGGAUAUGAAGGUAGCAG